CUGUAUCUUCUUCUUCUUAUAAACAUCAUUUUGUCUUUACGUACGUUCAUCUCUUCUUCUUCAUUUCUGUUAAUGGUGGAGGUAGAGAAAUCUGGACACGUGUCUUAAACGAAAAGUAGUGGAGGGGCAGCAUUAAGUAUAGCCAAUGAACGAAUUUUGAGCUGUUUGAGGUGCUUCAUCUCUGCCACAGAGAGAGAGAGAGGGCAAUAACUCUGUUCUCGAUUUAGCCCACAACUCCACAAUCAAGACACAAAAGAUCCAAGAACCCACCCACAUGGCCUUAUAUUCAUACACAUCUUCUUUUUGUUAAACGAUCGCUCUCUCUCUCUCUCUAUUCAAAAAAAAAAAGAAGGGGAAACUUUCUUUGUUGUCUAUUUCUGAAGAAGUAGAAGAUGAAGCAAUCAAGAUUUGUCUUCACUUUGUCUGUCAUUCUCUUCUGUGUCUCACUCGUUUCUUCUGAAAUGAAGUUGGGAUUGGAGGAUUACAAUAUGCGGGUGGAUCCACCUCCGACAACGAGACAUUCUGUUAGAGAAGGUCCUAUUGAGCAUGGAAGCCCUCUCAAUCCUUAUAUUCCCAAGCCCAGGCCUACUCCUUCUCCUCCUCCCCAAUCUCAAGACGGUCCUUGAUUGCCUAAUCUUUUCUUUGUAAUGUCUAUUUUCGUGAUCUACGUUCUCUUUCAUUUGUUGGUUUUAAUUUCUCUGUUCAGACAGUAACUCGUUGUAAUAACUUUUAAUGUAUUCCGCUCGCUAUGUUAAUUAAUUCUGCAUUUGUU